UCAGCCUGAGCGGGAGCAGAGGAACAGUGGCGGAAGACUACAUUUACCCGAGAGCUUAUCAUUGUUUGCUGAAUUUAGUGGAAACACCGUUAGAUUAUGUAUUUUGUGUUUUCGCAUCGUGGCAACCGUUUGGGGACUUGAAAUAUAUUCAGCCAUUCGAAAACCAUAUAGGCUAUCGAUUAAAUUGACGUUUAGAAAAGUGAAAUCGAUUGUCCGCGGUUAAUCGACGGAAUCACUGGACGGAAGACGGCUUGAGAGACCGGACAGAAGAAGGUGGUUGAAAAAACAGCCUUGGUUUAAUGUCGCUGCGCCUAUCAUAAUCUGAAACAUUGGCAGCCUCCAUGCCUGCUAGAUGAGACCAUCUUUGCCAUGGCAUUUGUCCUGAAAGACUUGGAAAACCCCUACAAAUGAAAAACGCUCAACGUUCAUCAUUACUGCGGAUUUAAAUGUUCUCGCGAAUGGACACCGACCCGCUAUUUCGCUCCAGUUUGUGCGUGCGGCGUUUUCCACUGUAGCGGAAAUCUGAACUAGAUUGCAAUAAACAGUUAAGUGCGGGUGACAAUAAUAUAGAACGCGAAGGGGGGUAUUUUUGUUUCAAGCAAUAUGGCUGGUGAGUGGGGCUGGGGACGCUGGCACAGGCUCUCCAAGGCUCCUAGAUGCUAGCUGAGCCGGAUGCCACCGUUCUCCAUGGAAGCGGCAACUCUAUGAUGAGUAGAAAUAUCUAUCAUAAUAAAAAUCAGGACUCCUCGAUCUCUAUAUCCAAGAUGGACGUGAUCAUCCCCUUCUCGCCAGACGUGCCCUGCGACAAUAAUGGCCAACGCAUGUGGUGGGCAUUCCUCGCCUCCUCUAUGGUGACGUUUUUCGGGGGUCUCUUCAUCAUUCUCCUUUGGAGGACCCUUAAAUACCUGUGGACCGUGUGCUGCCACUGCAACACCAAAAAGAAGGAGGCCCAGAAGGUGAAUAACCCUGCUAACAGUCAGGCAGCAGAUGGGACACCUAAGGGUCCUGAUGAGAAGGACGAAGUGGUACCUGCCAGCGAGGUGGGGUGGAUGACCUCUGUGAAGGACUGGGCCGGGGUCAUGAUAUCAGCACAGACACUCACCGGCAGAGUCCUGGUCGUGCUCGUCUUUGCUCUCAGCAUUGGAGCACUUGGAAUAUACUUUAUAGACUCUUCUGAUCCCAUAGAAUCCUGUCAGAAUUUCUACAAAGAUUUCACGUUACAGAUCGACAUGUUCUUCAAUGUCUUCUUCCUCCUCUACUUUGGGCUGCGGUUCAUAGCUGCCAAUGAUAAGCUGUGGUUCUGGCUGGAGGUCAACUCAGUGGUGGACUUCUUCACUGUUCCUCCUGUCUUCGUAUCGGUCUACUUGAAUAGGAGCUGGCUGGGCUUAAGAUUCCUGAGAGCCUUGAGAUUGAUACAGUUCUCAGAAAUUUUACAGUUUUUGAAUAUCUUAAAAACAAGCAAUUCCAUCAAGCUGGUGAACCUGUGUUCCAUCUUCAUAAGCACAUGGCUAACAGCUGCCGGAUUCAUACAUUUGGUGGAAAACUCAGGGGAUCCUUGGGAAAACUUCCAAAAUUCCCAGUCACUUUCCUAUUGGGAAUGUGUCUACUUGCUCAUGGUCACUAUGUCAACAGUGGGCUACGGGGACGUCUAUGCAAAAACCACCCUGGGACGCCUGUUCAUGGUCUUCUUCAUCCUUGGGGGUUUGGCCAUGUUUGCCAGCUACGUCCCUGAAAUCAUAGAGUUAAUAGGAAACCGCAAGAAAUAUGGUGGUUCCUAUAGUGCGGUUAAUGGGAGAAAGCACAUUGUGGUCUGUGGUCAUAUAACGCUCGAAAGUGUCUCCAACUUCCUCAAAGACUUCCUACACAAGGACAGGGAUGAUGUCAAUGUAGAAAUUGUUUUUCUCCAUAAUAUUUCCCCUAAUCUUGAGCUGGAAGCCUUGUUCAAACGCCACUUUACCCAAGUGGAGUUCUACCAGGGAUCUGUUCUCAACCCUCACGAUCUGGCCCGUGUGAAGAUUGAGUCAGCAGACGCCUGUCUGAUUCUGGCUAAUAAAUACUGUCCAGAUCCCGAUGCUGAAGAUGCCUCCAACAUCAUGAGGGUCAUCUCUAUCAAGAACUAUUCCCCCAAGAUACGAAUUAUCACUCAAAUGUUACAAUACCAUAACAAGGCUCACCUGCUCAACAUUCCUAGCUGGAACUGGAAGGAGGGGGAUGAUGCGAUCUGUCUAGCAGAGCUGAAGGCUGGCUUCAUAGCUCAGAGCUGUCUAGCCCAGGGCCUCUCCACCAUGCUUGCCAAUCUCUUCUCCAUGAGGUCUUUCAUCGAGAUUGAAGAGGAUACGUGGCAGAAGUACUAUUUAGAAGGGGUAGCUAAUGAGAUGUACACAGAGUAUCUGUCCAGUGCCUUUGUGGGGCUCUCCUUCCCAGCAGUCUGUGAGCUGUGCUACGUGAAGCUGAAGCUGUUGCUUAUCGCCAUCGAGAACAAGUCGGAGCUGGGAGAGAGCAGCAUCCUCAUCAACCCGGGGAACCACGUAAAGAUGCAGGAAGGAACUCUGGGGUUCUUCAUCGCCAGCGACGCCAAAGAAGUAAAGAGAGCAUUUUUCUACUGCAAAGCUUGUCACGACGACAUCACAGACCCCAAACGGAUCAAAAAGUGUGGCUGCAAACGACUUGAAGAUGAGCACCCGUCAACUCUGUCGCCCAAGAAAAAGCAGCGGAACGGAGGUAUGCGAAACUCACCCAACAACUCGCCCAAAAUGAUGAGCAGGCAUGACCCUCUACUAAUCCCUGGGAACGAGCAGAUGGAGAACAUGGACAUGAAUGUGAAGCAGUACGACUCCACGGGAAUGUUCCACUGGUGCCCAUCUAAAGAGAUUGAGAAGGUCAUCCUGACCCGGAGUGAGGCAUCCAUGACGGUGUUGAGCGGCCAUGUAGUGGUCUGUAUAUUUGGAGAUGUCACGUCCGCUCUAGUGGGGCUGCGAAACUUGGUGAUGCCUUUGAGAGCCAGCAACUUCCAUUAUCACGAGCUGAAGCCCAUAGUGUUUGUGGGCUCGCUGGAGUACCUGAGGAGAGAGUGGGAAACUCUACACAACUUCCCCAAGGUCUCCAUACUACCUGUGAAGGGUAAAAUGACUGGUACGCCAUUAAGUCGUGCAGAUUUAAGGGCUGUCAACAUCAACCUCUGCGACAUGUGCGUGAUACUGUCGGCCAAUCAGAACAAUAUCGACGACGCCUCGCUGCAGGAUAAGGAAUGCAUUCUGGCGUCGCUCAACAUCAAGUCUAUGCAGUUUGACGACAGCAUCGGGCUCUUGCAGGCUAACUCCCAAGGUUUCACGCCUCCUGGAAUGGACCGGUCCUCUCCAGACAGCAGUCCAGUACAUGGUUUAGUACGCCAGGCCUCCGUCACCACCGGCGCCAACAUCCCCAUCAUUACUGAACUAGUGAACGACUCCAACGUUCAGUUCCUGGACCAAGAUGAUGAUGAUGACCCGGACACAGAGCUGUACCUGACACAGCCCUUCGCCUGCGGAACCGCCUUCGCUGUCAGCGUGCUGGACUCUCUCAUGAGUGCAACAUACUUCAACGAUAAUAUCCUCACCCUGAUCCGGACGCUGGUGACUGGGGGAGCCACCCCGGAGCUAGAGGCUCUAUUGGCCGAAGAGAACGCCCUGCGAGGGGGCUACAGCACGCCACAGACACUGGCCAACCGAGACAGGUGUCGUGUAGCCCAGCUAGCCCUCUAUGACGGGCCCUUUGCCGACUUGGGGGAUGGCGGUUGCUAUGGAGAUUUGUUUUGUAAAGCGUUGAAGACGUACAACAUGUUGUGCUUCGGAAUAUACAGAUUGAGAGACGCUCACCUCGCCACGCCUAGCCAGUGUACCAAACGGUAUGUGAUCACCAACCCUCCGUAUGAGUUUGAGCUGGUCCCCACAGACCUGAUCUUCUGCCUGAUGCAGUUUGACCACAACGCGGGCCAGUCCCGGGCCAGCCUCUCCCACAGCUCCCACUCCUCCCAUUCCUCCAGCAAAAAGAGCUCGUCCGUCCACUCCAUCCCCACCACCAACCGGCAGAACCGCAGCAGCAAGGCCCGGGAGGCCGGCCACAAACAGAAUGCAACAAGGAUGAAUAGAAUGAGCCAAGAAAGGAAAUGGUUUACAGAUGAACCAGAAAAUGCCUACCCACGGAACAUUCAGAUCAAGCCCAUGAGCACUCACAUGGCCAACCAAAUCAACCAAUACAAAUCCACUAGCAGUCUGAUUCCACCAAUCAGAGAAGUUGAAGAUGAAUGCUGAAAACCGGGCCCACUUGAUGACUCGUGAGAAGUCUGGAUGCUCUUUCGAAAGGAGAGAAAGGGAGAUGACAAACGGGGAUGAUGAUGUUGAUUCAUUGGUCCUCACUCAUUCUACAGAUCAAGGGUUUGACAUAAACACCACAACUUGAAGGGACCUCCUAUGUGUAUACCUUUAAUGUUACUUCCAUGCUCUACAAUGGACAAUGUUUUAUUUAUCAAUCUUCCAUAGAGAUGUACAUAAUGACAAUCAAAUAAGGAUUGUUCAUCCCCCUAGCACUUUUUAAAAUUAUUUUAAGAGUUGAAAAAGAGAAGAAAAAGUACUUCCUGUCAUUAUUUGCAAUAGUUCACAUCUUUGUGUGACCACACUCCAUGGCUACUGUAGCUGAGGUUACUACUGGUUGUUGGAGGAUGAGGGCCGCGGCAGUUUUCUCAUCACAAUAUCAUAACAUCUCCAAAAGCUCCAGAAAACCGGCUGGGGUUCACCGCUCACCACUCAUACUCCCUGUCUGCUUCUGUUCUAUUUGCACAAAAACUGACCACCUUCUUUUGCAACAUGACGACUUGAAACAUUGAUAUCGUCCCAAAACAACUACCAUCACAGAAAGUGUCAGCUUUUUGGUUUGUUGAUUCACUGAAUGAAAGAAAAGCUGCUUGUCAUUUGGAGAGAUGUAAUGUGGAAAGAUCCAUUACGUCAUUGCUUAGGGUAUGCUACUGUAUGUCAUCACACUGUUGAGUAAUCAAUUAAUGCAUUCCAGUCCUGUAAAAUGGGAUCAUAUUGAAAAUCAGGUGUCUUGAGACUCAGAGUACAGUAAGAGACAGUUCUUGGAUAAGCUGGCUGACAGAGUAUAUAGCUACGCUGUACUUACAUCUGUUCUGGUGAUAUCACAAUGAAUAUGGAUGAUAAUGAUGUCUAUGACAGCGUUUCAAGCUCCUAUCAUCGCAUGGUAUGUCCCUGAUCCCUUCUAUAACAAUAGAGCGCAGAUGAGCACCUUAAACUGAAAACAUAAAAGGGAUGAAAGAACAAUCUUGUCCUAUCCCUUAUGUGCAAACAUGAAAGGGGUGAAUGGACAACCUUGUCUCGUCCCUGGCGAAAACAUGAAUGGGGUGAAAAUACAGCCUUCUCUUGUUCCUUGUGUGGACAGACGAUGCAUAUGGUAUGUACAUGCAAUGUGUGUACUGUACAUGGCAGUGACGUGUCCCCUCAGUAAGAACAUUGGUGGUACAUCUGAGUUAAAUGCACAAAUUGGUAUCAUCAUCAUCUCUCCAUCAGUGUGUCUGUGAUGGUGGUUCAGCCUCUGGGGGAGCGUCAUGAAGGGAUCAAGGCUACAAUCAUCCAAGACAAAUAGGAACUAGAUCUGUCUGGGGGUUGCGGAUCAACUAAACUAAAUAGACACGUUUCUAUACUUAGUCACAUCACCGGUAAUACACCAACUAUGAUUGAGCUGAACAUUUUUGUUAUAAACAUUAGCUGUGUGCCCUAAAACUUUAGGGAAAGCUUUUAAGUCCAAACCUUUGCCAUGAUAUCUUUGGCGAAAAUUGGGAUUUAAGAAUGAAAAAAUAAGCAUCUAAUUUGAAUGUUUUUUGUUUGUUGAGACAUUUGGAGAAGCAAUGCCACAUAUUGCGUAAAAUGGGCAUCAAUGGGUCCUCCUUUGACCAGAACCACUGCCUGGCACAGGGUUGGUAACAGAGGCAGUAAAGAGCUUGGAUGUUCUCCGUUGCCAAUCCUGAUGCCAUCAUAUCACCUCUAAACUCUAUGUAGGUAAACGUUAGGGAAAAGCUCAAUCAUAGUUUGGUUUAAAACGAUGCCGCUGAUGACUAUGAAGAAAGCUGGAGAAUGCUGCCUGUGUUCUUCAUGUUAUCCUGGUCAUGGCUCAAGUGUGUGUUCAAAAUGGACAGAUUUAGUUUUGAUCCAAAAGCAACCCAGACAGAGCUGCAGCCUUGGAAAUGAGAGGGUCACAGAUGAUCCAACUAAAAACUAAACCUGGCUACUUUAUAUAAACAAACAUGAUUAUGUUAUAUCCAUAUGAGCUCAUUUUCUACUUAUUAUUACACAUGACCUAGUGAAUAAUGCUUUAUGAAAGUAAUCCAUUAUUAAUAUUACCAGGCCUUUAAUUGCAUAUAAGAUUUUUAUUCCCAAAUGAAUUGCUUUAUUUAACAUAAUCCUACCAAAAUGAUGAAUAUAAAUUCUGAAAUACUUAUAAUUAGACAUGCAUCAUUGAAGAACAGUAUAAAUCCUCUCUCCUCUUUGCAACAAAGACCAUCCCUGAAAGUAUAGUCAUUAUUAAAAGUCGAUAUUGUAUAGGAGAUUACCUAAAUUUAAGCUUUUGUCUUUAACUGUUGAGUGCUCCUUAAAACGUAGAUGGGCUUAGUUGAAGGAUCUCUGUAGCUGUAUUGAUAAACCUUAUCGCUGUGUAUAAGACUGCUCAUUUUCAUCGACAAGUGAAUACGAAUACAGAUGUGUGAGUCAAAUGGAAAUGGGGUAAAACAAUCGCAAAAAAACUUGAGUUUCAAUGGGUGUAAGUAAUACCCAGACAGAGCCAAUCGGAAAGGUGCAUGAAGCUGGAUCUGAGGCGUUCAGCCAUUUGUUCUCUUCUGAGGGGGAAACUGUGUGACCUUCACAAUCAAUGAUUGACCUAAAUUAGGUCUCUUUCUAAGGAGGGAUACACUGAAGUAUUUAUGUGCGUGUAUACUGUAUACUGUCAUUCUCCAUGGACAUGUUUCAAACUAUGUGACAGAGAGAGAUUGUUAGACCAUCACCAGGUUGUUUGCAGUGAACAUAUAGCCAUGAUAAUAUAGACAAAAGAUCAUGCAUUUCUAAAGACCUGUCAUUAGCGAGACCCCCCCCCCCCCCAAAAAAAAAAAUAUGUCUAUCUAAAUAUGUUGUGUAAAUUCCUCCCAUUAUAUAGAUCACAUGACUUUCUGAAGCAAAAUGACCUGAGCUUUCUGUCUGUCUAUUGGGUGUGUUGCAACUCUACUGUGGGCUCAUUGACAUUGUCCUGAGGUGGACUUUUGAAUUGUGAUUACAUUGUCAUCACACUUUGUAGCAAGUAGAAUUAUUUUCAGAAAAUAUGUGAGUAAAAAUCUAUGUAUAAUUGGGUUGUUAAUAAUAUACUUGCUAGCGUGAAAAAUAAGAAAUUGAUAUUUGAUACUGACAAUUACUUAAUUCAUUAUACAUACUAUUGACAAAGGACAAAAUUAUUAUUUUGCCAUAUAUGAAAAAAAAAGAAAAACUAGACUUUUGAAAUUAAAGAUCCUUUUCCACAUUGCAACAACAAAUUUGGAAAGAGCCGGUGUAAUUUGACCUGGUAAUAUCAACCAUCACAGAGAUGCAGACAUAGGGUAGCACCAAUUCAGCAAGGCAUAUCACAAUAAAGAGAGGACAUACUUAAUUUUACUGUUCUUGUUAAAAAUGUUUUUUUCUUAUCAGGUUUACAUUCCAUUUUGUCAGCUCUAGUCAAUUAUGUUACCAUAGUAAUAUCCAUGGAUUGUUUGAAACUGUCACUACUGCUUAUUGAUUGUUUACAGAGUUUUCUUUUUUGUAUUCAGAAGUACUUAAAUACCACUUUACUCAGAAAUCAAAUGGUACAAAUCACAACCCAAAGCAGACACAUACUUACAGAAUAGUCCAUUUCAUUGUAUCUAAAUGUUUGUUUUGUUUUUUCAAUACGUGUACCCACAAUUUGUGUGACUGGUUUGACUCAAACUGGAAAAAAAAUCAUAACACUGGACUGAAACCUGUUCUUACAUUCUAAGGUUUUUAAGCUUUAUCUCUUUCCAGCGCAAAUACUCCACAAAUCUAAGGUACUGCUCUAUACCAUAUCAUAGGUUUGUAUUAGAUGUUGAAGUCUUUGCAAUGUACGCCUCUAAAGUUUUAGAGUGUUUUGAAGUGCCAUGAAAAGUGUUGUUGAACAAGCAUCGUCCAGUCAUUCACAGGCUCACUCACUUAUUCAGAAUGAGUAAGGGUUGAGUUAGUUCCUCUCAGAAAGGGAAGUAAAUGUAUUCGAGUAUGGCAUCUUAUACUGGCAUGGGGAACAUCCAAGCCAUCAAUGCCUUCAUGCCAGUAGAUUGCCAGGCAGUGCUGUAGGUCUAAAGGAGGGCCUGUUUGAAGACCCACUAUAGCAAAAAGUGGCAUUGAAAAGGAGGGAAGGGUACAUGGGGCAGGGACACUGCUCAUCAACCUUCAACAUAUCAUACAUCUGUGUUGGUCGUACUGUCUGUAGCCUAAGGUACCUAACUUGUUGUUAGGAGACUGCAGAGAGAUAUGUUAAAACAUGUUUGUUGUGUGCUAGAAGGUAUGAAUGACUGAAGGAUGCACAGAGAGCACAGGCCAGGCUGUUUCAUGUGCUUGAGAACACCUGUCGGUGUUUUAGUCAACUUAAGAGUCAGGACUAUGAAACUUCACACAUUGUUUCAUAUUUUUGUUAAUCUAUUUUCUUGCUGUAAAGGAUGGAUAUAACUUAUUUGCUGGAAAAUGUACUAGAUGUAAUAAAAUAUAAUAUAAUACUAUGGGGGAUUUAAGUCUUAACAACACAUUGAAAUUGCAGUUGGCAAUUUUGAAGUUGAUUUUGAUGGAGGAAAGAAAAUGCAGGUUUUUUUGUGGGGGAGGGAGCUGCCUAUCAGUUCAGAUGGAAUUCAGGACAUUGCUCUCACAUGUCACAUAUCUGAUUCUUUGGCACAUGGUCAUUGCAGGAAUCGGGAGUUUGAAAUAGCCUACUUAGUUUUGUCGAAGCGAAAAUAGAUAUAUGGAGAAUUUGAUGGUGCUGAGUUGAUCUACCUGACUCUGUCAAAUAUAAUCUGCUGAUAAAUAUACUGUCUUGUACAAAAAGUUUGUACAUAAAUUGUACAUGAUUUCUUUUUGUAUUUUCUCAAAUUAAAAUGGAUGUAUUUGUGUUCUAAAACUGGAA